AUGAUAGGGAUCGGCGGGAUUUGAUCACUUGUGGAGCUGCUGCUGGCGUAGCGGCUGCCUUCCGCGCCCCAGUUGGUGGAGUUCUCUUUGCUCUUGAAGAAGCAGCUUCAUGGUAGCGGAGUGCUCUUCUUUGGAGGACUUUUUUCACAACAGCAGUAGUAGCUGUGGUGUUGAGAUCUCUUAUACAAUUUUGUCGGGGUGGAAAUUGUGGACUAUUUGGGCAAGGAGGUUUGAUCAUGUUUGACGUCAAUUCAGCAGUGCCUACUUAUAGCACCCCAGAUCUAUUGGCAAUUAUAUUACUUGGAAUUAUUGGAGACAUUUUCGGAAGCCUUUACAAUUAUCUUGUGGACAAGGUUCUUCGCACUUAUAGCAUCAUCAAUGAGAGAGGUCCCGGAUUCAAAGUCCUGCUUGUUGCCACCAUCUCCUUCCUGACCUCUUGUUGCUCUUAUGGCCUCCCAUGGUUAGCAAGGUGUACCCCUUGCCCCAUUGGGCUGGAACAUGAGUGCCCCACUAUAGGUCGUUCUGGAAACUACAAGAACUUCCAGUGUCCACCUGGCCAGUACAAUGACCUUGCCUCCCUCCUCCUUAACACCAAUGAUGAUGUCAUCUGCAACUUAUUCAGUUCCGGAAAUGAAAAGGAGUUUUCCCUCUCUACUCUUUUUAUUUGCUUUGUUGCUAUAUACAACCUUGGUAUUGUCACCUAUGGCAUUGCCAUUCCAUCUGGGCUAUUCAUCCCCGUCAUACUUGCCGGAGCCUCCUAUGGGCGCCUUGUUGGGACCCUCCUGGGCUCUGUCUCUGAACUCGAUGUUGGCCUCUUUUCACUCCUUGGGGCUGCCUCCUUCCUUGGUGGGACCAUGAGAAUGACAGUGUCGCUUUGUGUCAUACUUCUUGAACUUACUAACAAUCUAUUAAUGCUCCCAUUAGUCAUGCUAGUUCUCCUUGUUUCAAAGACCGUGGCUGAUUGUUUCAACAAAGGCGUUUAUGACCAAAUGGUGAAAAUGAAAGGAUUGCCUUAUAUGGAAGCCCAUGCCGAGCCAUAUAUGAGGAACUUGGUUGCAAGGGAUGUUGUCUCCAGUCCCUUGAUAUUUUUCUCUGGUGUUGAGAGAGUGGGCGAUAUAUUGUAUGCUUUGAAGAUGACAAGGCAUAAUGGUUUCCCUGUGAUUGAUGAACCACCUUUCUCAGAUGCUCCGGAGUUGUCUGGGCUCGUUUUGCUUGCUUGUUUUGCUUAA